GGGCAGAAGCAAUGGCUUUCUUUGUGAAAAAUGUGAUAAGUAGCCAGAUAAAGAAUUUAGGAUUUGGUGGUGGGUCUGAGACAAAAAAUGAAGAAGGUGGUUCACCGGAUCCUGCUGCAGCUCAAGGCAUGACUAGAGAGGAAUAUGAAGAGUAUCAGAAGCAAAUGAUUGAGGAGAAAAUAGAAAGAGAUGCCACCUUCACACACAAAAAGGCUGAGAGGGCGUGCCUCAGAGUCCAUCUUCGAGGAAAGUACAGACUUCCAAAGAAUGAAAGGGAUCAGAACCAAAUCCAGAUGGCUGGAGACAAUGUGAAUCUACCCAAAGAUCUCCAGAAAAUGGUAGAUGAAGACCAGGAAGAGGAAGAGAACAAGGAUUCUAUUCUUGGGCAGUUGCAGAAUCUCCAGAAUGUGGACUUUGACACCAUCAGAGAAAAAGCCCAGACCACCUUCACAGAAAUCAAGCAGACUGCAGAACAAAAGUGUUCUGUGAUGUGA